GCGUAGCAGCGGUGGGCGGGGCCAAGGCUCAGUCUCACAAGGCGACGAGUGGUCGGAACCUUCUCCCCUCUCCUUCUCCUUCCCCUUCCCCUUCCCCUCCCAGGAUAGGCUGGCACCCGGCACCAGGGUUAUCCCGUGGCUGCUGCGGCCUCAACUCCAACGGGUCGGGGCACGGAGAGUCCAGACCGCUUCCAGGGCGAGCGCUCCUGAUUGUGACAUCACAUCCAUCCCCUUGGCGAUGGAGCUUGUCACUAGGAAGGAAGACUCAGUCGGAGAAUAGCCAACAAGAUGGGUUACUGGGAGCGUCUCCUGAGUGGCACUGAGUGGAGGCAUCAGGGGGUUGGAGCCUUGUGAACAGGGAACCUGCCCCCCAACACUUGGAAGGACCUGGGUUUCAGUGAUGAGACAUGGGGUAUGAUGUAACCCGUUUCCAGGGGGAUGUUGAUGAAGACCUUAUUUGUCCUAUUUGCAGUGGAGUCUUGGAGGAGCCAGUCCAGGCGCCUCACUGUGAGCAUGCUUUCUGCAACGCCUGCAUCACCCAGUGGUUCUCUCAGCAGCAGACGUGUCCGGUGGACCGAAGCGUUGUGACGGUCGCCCACCUGCGCCCAGUACCUCGGAUCAUGCGGAACAUGUUGUCAAAGUUGCAGAUCGCCUGCGACAACGCUGUGUUUGGCUGUAGUGCUAUUGUUCGGCUUGACAACCUCAUGUCUCACCUCAGUGACUGUGAGCACAACCCAAAACGGCCUGUGACCUGUGAACAGGGCUGCGGCCUAGAGAUGCCCAAAGAUGAGCUGCCAAACCAUAACUGCAUUAAGCACCUGCGCUCAGUGGUACAGCAGCAGCAGACACGCAUUGCAGAGCUGGAAAAGACCUCAGCGGAACACAAACACCAGCUGGCGGAACAGAAGCGGGACAUCCAGCUACUCAAGGCAUACAUGCGUGCAAUCCGCAGUGUCAACCCCAACCUUCAGAACCUGGAGGAGACAAUUGAGUACAACGAGAUCCUAGAGUGGGUGAACUCCCUGCAGCCGGCCAGAGUGACCCGCUGGGGCGGGAUGAUCUCAACCCCGGAUGCUGUACUCCAGGCUGUAAUCAAGCGCUCCCUGGUGGAGAGUGGCUGUCCUGCUUCUAUUGUCAACGAGCUGAUUGAAAAUGCCCACGAGCGUAGCUGGCCCCAGGGGCUGGCCACGCUUGAGACGAGACAGAUGAACCGGCGUUACUAUGAGAACUACGUGGCCAAGCGCAUCCCUGGCAAGCAGGCUGUGGUCGUGAUGGCCUGUGAGAACCAGCACAUGGGCGACGACAUGGUGCAGGAGCCGGGGCUUGUCAUGAUAUUUGCGCAUGGCGUGGAAGAGAUAUAGGCGAUCUGGACGGGCUCUCAGGAGGAGAUGGAAAUCAGAAGAUCCUGUCAUUCCAGCAGCGGGGCCCUGAGUCCUCCCCAGUUUCCUUAAUACUGUGGCUUUCACUUGAGCCACACAUCUCCCUGCUCUUCUGCCACUGAAGGGGCCCCAGGCACUCUGCUCAGCCUUUCAGGUGGGAAACCCAGAUUCCCUCCUUUUGCCUGAUUUCUUCCUCUGAGAUGUCUCUGUUUUCCCUCUGGUUGGGAAAGUGCCCACUUCUAUAUCUGUUUUCCUGCCUAGGGUCCCUGGUUCCAGAUAUUUUCGGAAAGCACAAAGAAACUCAUUUUCUCUAGAGGAUCAGGGUGGAGUGAGGAAUCUAACCAUUCCCCUCCUCCAAAACCAGAGAGUCAGAGCAGGCAGGCCUGUUGACCCUAAACCGCAUUUAGAGGGCAGCUCUGGGGAGUGGACAUCCUGAAGAGAUGGUAAAGGUGGAACAAAACCCUAGAAAUAAAUGAGGCCCGUAGGCCUUCGCUGGUGGCCCACAGGGGAAGACUAGACCUCUGUGCCAAGCAGUACCCUGUUCAGCCCACCUCAAAGCUGUGGGCUUCCACUGGGUCUGCAGGUGUGCAGGCUGGGAUGCCAAAAAUUUCCACAUGAGCUCCUCUUUCCUACACUUUCUCGUGGUUAGGGAAUGACAGGGUUGGGGAGGAGGGGUUAAUCUGUUGGGGUGGAGACGCUCAGCAAGAAGCAGCUCACCAGCUCUUGCUGAAAUCGGGUAGGUGCUGCCUCUGUGGCACAGGCCAUAAUAGUUCCAUAGACCCCUCCCCAGCCCUGUGAUUGUAACUAGUUAUUUUGAUCAUUUCCCUGGCCAUUGUUGUUUGUGUAUGUUUUACUCCCUCCCUCACACUUUUUUUUUUCUUUUUUUUUUUUAGAAUGGCCUGAUUAUUGGCUAUCCCACUUUUCAGCCCAGGCACAUUGCUGGCAAUUUAAUUUAUUUACCUUUUUUUUUUUUUAAAGAAAGGAAAAAGAAAAAAAAAUUAACAAAAUUUAAAACUUUCCUUUUGCUGUUCCUGUUGUGGGGAUUCUGGAUAGGGUGGGACAGGGAUGGGAUCUGUUUUGUAUUUUUCCUUUUCAGCACAACCUUUGGCUUUAAUAUAGGAAGGGCCAAGGAAGUCCUUGGCUGAACCGAAGUCUGCCCCAGUCCUCGAUAAGCCAUCUAAGGUGAGGAGCUUCCUCUCUUCCAGUGAUGGUUUUGACAGUCCAGCAUCAAUGCCUAUGUCCUCUGGAGAACUUCGCUCCCGGCCCAUCCAGAGUCUCAUUGCAAAACUCUGGGCUUAAGAGUAUUAAUUUCAAAGAAAUCCUGCCAACCCCUUCCCCCGCCCCCAACCCCCCCAACUUUGGGUUUCCUUGGAGAUGUACAGCUGGGUUGUAAGCUUCACCAGGGAAGAUGGGGUAGAAAUUAUGUCUCUGGGUACAGCCUGUGCUCUGUCUCACCCAUAACCCCUGAAGACUUCAGCUCCAUUUCAGGCUGCCCGGGGCAUUCCCUAAUAACCCCUGGGGUGUCUAGCAGAGCAAGAGAAGGGGAGGGAUGGUGGGUGUGAUGAUCUUAAUAUGCAGGUGGGCGAGGGAUUGAAGAGAGAGGGCCAUAGAACAGCCUCUGCUCUUGUCAGAGUUUUUCCCAGGCCUGCCUUCCGUUGGUCUGGGGAGUCGGUCAUGUCUCCAUUGGGACUGGGGGGAGGAGGAGGGUUACAGCUCGAAGGGAGUGAGAACAGUCAUGCGUUCCAGCUCCAGGACGUUGUGCUCAGGAAUUUGAAAACGCUGCUAUACUUAGUUUGGUUACUACAUUUCUUCCAUUCCCCUCUGCCCCUGCCUGCCUCACCAAGGCCCACACCCUAUUGUCGUCACCCUCAGAUGGAGCCAGGAAGCCCAGUUAAGGCUUCCCUGCCCUUUGCACUAGUGUCUCUGCAGGUUGCUGGUUGUGUUAUAUGUGCUGUUCCAUGGUGUUGACUGCACUAAUAAUAAACCUUUUACUCAACUUGCUAAAUUCUUAAUUCACAUCACUCCCUUCAUGAAGGUUCUCCUCUGCCUUGGCCUUUUCUCUCAUCUUAAUUCCUCUGAUAUCUCCCUUGCUUUGUAACCUGCUCUUGUCAUAGAACUAACCUCUCUUUUGGAGGAUGUCCAUAUGGGGGAGUGGGCACCACAUCCUUCCUUCCUGUCUCCUGUUGUGUACAGCUGAAGUGAUCUGCACUAGUGAUCUGCACUUGGAGCAAAGGCCAACUUUUCAGGUUGACCUUUGCUCCAAACCCGUGUCUUCCCUACGUGCUCUGGGAUUUUGGGACACUUUCUGUAGAUGAUAUGCAAGUACCUUUCUCCCUUGUCCCACAAGCACCUUUGCUUUGGAAUCCGGGAUUCCACUGCAGGCAGGGAAGCCUCCACCCCCGUUGUCUCCUAACCAAGACAGGAAACAUGACGAAAGGAACCUGCAACUACUGUACCUGCUGUUUCUCAGACCUUGACUAAACCCUCUUGUAGGCAUUUGCUGCCUUUUCCCUGUCAUGAGAAAAAAAAAAUUUGUACUGCAGUGCUAUA